GUGGACGUACGACAUCAUCUUUGAGCUUCCGCCCUGUUGUGUUCUCCGUCUCUCAGAAAAAGGAUACCCCAAGUAGGAGCUGGAGGCUGUAAUAACCAGGGAUCAUGGCGGCUACGACAGCGGUGACGACCGUAGACAAUGAAGCAGUCGCGACAGAGGCACCGUAUAUGCCCCUCACGUACGAGAGAACGCUCCGCACUGACCUCGAGCGCACCCUCCCCAAGCCCUAUCUGCCUAGAGCAUUGUCGGCUCCUGACACUGAGCACCCACUAGGAACUCCUGGCCACAGCAGCAACGGCUUGACCGUUCUUCAGCAGCAUGUAGCCUUCUUCGACCAGGAUGACAACGGAAUCAUUUACCCAUGGGAGACUUAUGUCGGUCUGCGUGCAAUUGGCUUCAACAUGAUUGCGUCACUCAUCAUGGCCAUAGUAAUCAAUAUGGCAUUAAGUUACCCAAGCCUUCCAGGAUGGUUUCCUUCUCCUUUCUUCCCCAUAUAUAUAGACAACAUACACAAAAACAAGCACGGGAGCGACUCCAGUACGUAUGACACAGAGGGAAGGUACUCCCCUGCUAACCUGGAGUUCAUGUUCAGCAAGUAUGCUCGCACUUACCCAGACAAGAUGUCCCUCGGAGAGCUCUGGAAUAUGACUGAAGGGAACAGACUGGCAUUCGACUUCUUCGGCUGGGUUGCUAGCAAGCUCGAGUGGGCAAUCCUGUAUAUCCUCGCCCGAGAUGAGGAAGGAUUCCUGUCUAAAGAAGCCAUAAGGCGCUGCUUCGAUGGAAGCUUAUUCGAAUAUUGCGCUAAGAUGCAAAUGGGAGCUGAGGGGAAGAUGUACUAGGACUCUGAUGCGCUAUGGACAGUAAGAGUGAAUUCCCCUAAUAAUAAUAUGGGGGAGUUAAAUGAGUUGUAUGUAAGGUCAUCAAAAUACUCGUAGUUCUAUACCCGUUUAAGCAUAUACCUUUACGGGAGACUCAGUCAUGCUGGGAUUGUAAAUUAUGUUUAGAUUGUAGAUUAUGGCUUAUGGAGCUUGGUUUGUAAUAGCGUUUAUCGGUUGCACUUGUA